AUGACACACACCAUUAACUACGCACCUGCUAGGAACACCAUAGCGGCCGGCACCUGCCUGUACCAGUACCGGUGUACCACCAUCAGCUGUCUGCCGGCCGGUGUAGCCCACCACGUGGUGGAUUCUUUGUCUGUGCUGUUUGAAGUAAUUUUAGAACUCCCCCCACCCCUGUGCUGUCGACCAAUGGGGGCGCUUGGCGGGCACCUCCCCUCCCGGCCGGUACACACACGCGGUCCUGCCGACGCUCAGUCGCUCGAGCCGGCACCCCCAGUACAGACGUAUAGCUCUCGUCGUCUUAUUUUUGUAGUGUUAAGUUUUUACGGACAUCAGCUCGGACAGUGCUUCAGUGAGAUGCCGGGGAGUAUGUUUUGCGAGAUGGACCGUGGUUCGGGAGGUUUCGAAGAGCAGCGGGCUCUACAGUUGGCGUUCGAACUUUCCAUGUUGAGUACUGGAGGAUUCAGUGAUUCUUCGUCGCCUCCUGCUACAUCGGUUGAACAAGACGCCCCUGUACUUCCUACACCAUUCAUCGUGCCCGAGGAGUCGCGCAACAAGAAGUCGCAGAACAUGACCGAGUGUGUGCCCGUGCCUAGCUCCGAGCACGUUGCUGAGAUCGUUGGACGACAAGGAUGCAAGAUCAAGGCGCUGCGGGCCAAGACGAACACUUACAUCAAGACACCGGUGCGAGGAGAGGAGCCAGUCUUUGUGGUCACUGGGAGAAAGGAAGACGUCGCCAAAGCUAAGAGAGAGAUACUGUCAGCCGCCGAACACUUCAGCCAGAUCAGAGCCUCCAGGAAGAACAAUCUGUCAGGAUCAGGCUCCCUGUCUCCUCCGGGACCUCCAGCUAACGUUCCCGGUCACGUGACUAUCCAGGUCCGAGUACCCUACAGAGUUGUGGGACUCGUGGUCGGACCCAAGGGGGCGACGAUCAAGCGUAUCCAACACCAGACGCACACCUACAUAGUGACGCCCUCCAGAGACAAGGAGCCGGUGUUCGACGUGACAGGCCUGCCAGAGAGUGUGGAGGCGGCCAAGAGAGAGAUUGAGGCUCACAUCGCAGUCAGGACAGGAGCCGGUAGUAUGCCCGACUCUCUGUUCCAAGACACGCUGUUCAACCCCGACAGCAGCACCCUGCUCAACUCCGUGUACAAGUCCGGCUUCUCCAGUCUGUUCGGCUACGGUCUGGACAGUGACACCGUAGUGUUCCCCUCAACACUCAGCGGCAGCUCAGGUUGUAGCUCCGCGUCCUCAAGCUCCUCAGCAUCCGGCACCACCGGUCUGGCGGACCUCGGCUCCAUCUGGGGCACCAGCCUCGACAGGGACGAGGGUCUCGGAGACUCUCCAUCCUUUGACACGGCGACAGCUUCCUCCAGCAUCUGGUCGUUCAGCGCCAGGCCUUCGCCCCCGCACUCCGCCUCCCCUACUGACUCUCUGAUCGGCAAACACCGCGACUGCCACGUCUGCGGUAUCGGCGAGGUAACCGCCGCUCUGGUACCCUGCGGUCACAACCUCUUCUGCUACGACUGCGCCACCCGCCUCACGACGGGCCCGGACUCCACCUGCCCCGUGUGUCACCAGACGGUACUUCAGGCCAUUCGCAUCCUCAACUCCUCCUAAGCUAACCGCCCGCCGCCAAACAGAGUUUAUUGUAUAUUAUGUUAUUUUAUGUUAACGUUUUCAGUUGUUUUUAUUACGUUGAGUCGAGUGUACGAGUUGUUUUCCUAUUUUGAUCUCUGUUUUAGACCCUGUGUACCGGACGGUCGCCUGACCGGGUCCUGCGAGGCCCUUGGACACUCUCGGUGCUUCAGUCUGUUUGAGAGGCUGAUAUAAGUAAUACUGUAAUAUGAAGAGUAUCCGCUCUCUGUGCGAGGGUGGGUGGGGACCGGCACCAGGCUGUGAUUUCUAAACUGCCACUUCGGACCUCUGCGGUUCCAAGGUUUUAAUAAGAGCAAAUGCAAUCCUUUUUAUACGGACGUUUCAUUAAGCAUUCCUCGUGUUAUAGACUGCUGUUAGUCAGGACAUAUCCCUCUAUAGUUUCGUUUCGUUGUUGUGAUAUGGUAGCCAUAAGUUAAAGGACCUUUUGUAUAUUUAGAUGUGUUCUGCCUAGGCAGGUUUUAUACGAUAGAUUAGUCCCCGGAUGUAUCCUGGCUCGUUAUGGUAGUCGCGACUUUGUUUUCCGCUUCUCCAUGUAGCUGUUUGUUUCGUUAUCGUCUGCUUGCGGUUCGGCGGCUCCUGUCAAGUAUAGGGGCGUCUCACUCGGGUCUUAGCUCCAAGCGGUAUCCUCGUCAUUUGCACAAUUGUUGCACAACUCAAAUCUCACUGAUUCCCAGUCGAUCAUAUCGAUUGUCCCACAACGAAGACAUUGUCCCAGAUUGAUGUACAGUACGACACGUGUCCCCGGUGAUAGUCAAGUGUCUGUGUCUAGUGUUCAGUAUAUACAGGGUGAGACGUCCCACCGCCGGCCGUGUAGUUAGGUAGACUCCAAUGCCAGAAACUUCGCCCCGGUGCCCCACCCUCCGCCGCGUUUUUGCCUCUUUAUAUAAACAAAGAUCAUAUUUUUUCCAGUAUUUGUUUACUUUUUAUAUAAAGAAAAAUAAUUAAUUAUUGAUAAUAUUAUAAAUGUUCUAUAUCUAUGUAAUAUUAGUGUUAAGCCGCCCUUUCCAGGGUCUCGUCAUAGUUGAAUUUUGUUUUCACUUUAAAGACUAUUUCGAAUCAUUAAAGUUCGAUGAUCUGUAUAUUUUUGUUGUAUUUCUUAUUUUAGGAAAAGUUUUAUUAUAGUAGACUUAAGCGUUUUACAUAUUUACUUUCUUAUAUAUUUUGUUUUCUAGUUUUGAUAAACGAAAGUUUCUUAGAAUUUAUUUUUUUAUCUCGAUAGGCGAUAGGUUUAGUUGUGUUGUUGACAUUUUGUUCCGUUUGGCGCGCCCUCUGCGUGUAUAGCUCUAUCUUUGUUUACGCCACAAAUGCACAAUUCGAGUGGAGAGUAUUAGUAAUAAAACUCGAUAGUCUUUUUUUCUAUUUUAUUACGAUCCUAUUAUAUAUUAUACGAUACUAUAUGAUAUAAGUAGAUGUAAAUUAAAAAUAUAUGAAAUAUUUAGAGAAACGACGAAGCUAUUUUUUCUGUUAGAACGCUCAUGUUGGCCCUGAAAGAGUUGCCCGGAAUGUCUGUAGGUUUCCGACUCGAAUUCGGUCUUCCUGUUUCUUUUUAAGUUUCAAACUUUUAUCGGUACUGUAUGAUGAAAUUCGCUGUUUGGUUGUUCAUGUUAUUAUAUCUCGGCACUCAAAGUGUAGCGUAGAUGUGCAUGGCUUGUCGUUGCGGGAGGCCCCCCACAUCCCCCAGUCCUCUCUCUCUCUCUCUCUCCCACCCCUCAGAUCACACCCCCCCCCCCACUAUACCCUCCACAACUGUGGGGUGGCCUCCGCGGUGGUUCAGUAGAGAUGUAAAGCAAUCUUUUCACAAUAACGUUGUGUUGACGUUGUGUUUUUGUCGCAAUACAGUAUCCAUUUGUCGGUGUCGCAUGUAAAGGAUCGGAUUGAGGAUAGAUGCUAGCUUUCGACUGAUAUAGUUAAUGACUCGAUUACAUUGUUAUAUAUACAUUUGUCUAAGAGAUAAAAAUAGGUUCGGGCCUAAUAUAUUAAUAUAUUUAUAAAAGUAACUAAAAAUAGAAAAAUCCUUUUGUUUGAAACUAUAACCCUCGCUCACUGGCGAGGCUGUUUUACAAUACUUAAAUACAUAAUUUAUUACAUUGUACAUUAAAUAUUAUUACUUAAGUAUUUAUAUUGUAACAGAUUAUAACAGUUGCCCGACCCCCCGCCCAACCUCUCUCAGCAAUAAGGGCCGGGGUGACGGUCACCUCUGCUCACAAAUUAUAUAAUAUUAUUACAAAAUAUAUGAACUGUUCUUUCGCAUGUUUUAGUGUCUGUUUAUUUGUAUUCCGAGCCGUGCGUCUCGAGUCGUGGGCUUCGGUUUGUUCUUCCGGACAAACUAAGACAAUCAAAUCUCAGUGGGGCUCAACACGAAGGAAGUACAGUACUUGAAAGACUUGCCCACCACCGAGACGCUCGGCGCUUCUUUUUGCCUUAAAUUUUCAAAUUGUCUGUUCGGGUGUUGGUACUGCUGUUGUCAGGCGAGCGAUCAUCUUGCUGUUGCGAUUCGCUACAAAAUUAGCUUCAAAGAGAGGAAUUUAUUGUGCCGAACAAUUUGUCAUGUAUGAAAUGCUUUGUAGGCCACGUCUAUCAUCUAAUCAACCAUUUGAAUUAACAAUUAUCUUUACCUCCAGCAUGACAUUUGUUUGUACUUAGAAAUUGUGUGAGAGCUUCACUAAAUUUACGUAAAAAAUCGUCAGACAACAGUAAAGCAACCAGUGUGACUAGUUUCGAAUAAAACUUAAAACUUUUGCAUUAUUCUAGAAUAGAAGGGUAUUUAGAAGUGAAGUAGCUGUAGGCGUUGCAAUCUAGAGAAUUGUGACCUUAUAAAAUCGCUUGGAAGUCAUGAAUUUCUUUCCGCUUCAGCCUUGGUUGACGUGGAACCCCCAGCUUCAUCCGCGGCUGGAAACAGAGUUCUGGAUAAAUGAAAUCUUCGCCGAACGAUGCCGUCUUCCGGCAGCUAUUGUCUUAAUUAAAUUACUAAUUACAAAACUCCACAACACUCCAGUGUUUGCUUUGAACGCCUGUUAAUUUAUUACCCUCUUGUUCACUACCGGUGUUAAACAUCAUACCCCCGUGUGAUCUUUCUAUUCAUUAUCCAAAGACCAACAAAGGCGAUAAUUAUAAUAGUCCUCACAUUGUUUACGGUUUUUAUCUCGGAGCUCGCGGAAGAAAAACAAAAGGCACUGCCGUGGACCACCGUCUUGGUCUGAAACUUCACAGAACAGGACAAAGUACUGAGCCAGAACUGGUGGUUCCAGCCGAACGCUGGCAGGUAUAACGCUUUGUAUAUAGAGCCCUUUUCAAAAAGUAGAAAGGACGCCCUUCCGAGAACCUCUUUGUCCGGUCCGACCAUUCCAUCGCCAGCAAUAAUCCGGAGCUUUGUACCGAGUGUUGAAAACAUUACGAACAGAUUUUGUAAGGUGCAAUACCUCAGCGGGCGCGGUUCAGCAGAAUUUACAUUAUCGUUUGUUGUCAUUUAGGAAAUGUGUAGUGUUUUUGUUAUUUAAUGUUGUCGAUUUUAAAUAUCUAUUUUAUAUGAAUUGAUGUGAUGGUUUUCAGCACAUAUCAUCGGUUUGUCGUCUUGUACCGGACGCGGUUGUUAACUUUGGGCAGUGAAAUAAGAAUUUUGGAUCGGCGGCGGUCGUGCCUCCUGUUCAAAUUUGUCCUAUCAGAAGUGCGCCGCGUGUGACGCCGUCAGAUGGGUUGUAGGCAAUACAUGCACCUCAGUGCGUAGCGUACUGCCUGCCUUAAGCCCCGUGUACACGAGGCUAGUACUAGCAGCUAGUUGAUUAGCGCUAGUAAAUUCGCUCCGUGUAAACGGUCUACUAGCGUAAAAAAUUACUAGCGCGCUAGCAUUUUACUCGCUGCUAGUCGUUUUGAACAUGUUUGAUAUUACUAGCGCUAAUAAGUGGAGGGGGUGGUCACGUGACCACUAGCGCUAGCGAACUAGCGCGGUACUAGCGGGGCAUUUGCACUUCUGCUAGUGCUAAUCGCCACUCGCCACACGCCGGUGAUCAGUUUGUUGUUGUUGUGUGUGUUGUUACAUUGUGGCCAGUUUGUGUAUUGUAAAGAAGGAAAUGAAUCUCUGUUGCCAAAUACCUCAGAGUUAUUUGAAGUUUAGUUUUUGGCGUUAUAGCCUCUCUCAUAACAGUAAAAUUUUUCUUAAUCAGUGGAGUGAUUAGUUCCAACAGUUCUUCAAACUUUAAAGCAUUCAUUCUCAAAAACUUAAAGUACUCUGUAGGGUCUUCCAAUGCCAGUUCUCUUAAAAGAGUAUUGGACGCACCAAGAUGUUCUCGCCUCCUAAUCCACUUUCGAACCCACACAGAUCGUCCCUUUUUAUUGAGCGGAGCGAAGCGAAGCGAGCGAAGCUCUUAUACUACACUCCUGCUUUUGUUUUACAAAUACUCCUCCUGAACGGCUGAAGCGAUCUGCACCAAAUUUAGAACAAUCAUAGCAUUCAACCAUGGGAAGGUAUAAAUCUGAAAUGGUAGAAAUCGGACCACAGGGGGUUUCUCUACAUUAAUUUAAACUUUUGGAAAUUUAACAUGGGCCUUAUGGGUUAAUUGGUUGCCAUGACAUUAUUUGCGAGAUAACAAUAAAAAGGUAAACAAGAGUCGCAACAUGUGUUAGUCAAGGAAUCAUCUAAAUAGCACAUUAGAAAUAUUGUACAGAGAAAAGGGAAUAUCAACCGGAUUAAUAUCAUUGAGCAUAAUUUACUACAAAAUGAAUAACCAAUAAUAUUAUGGUCGCCGGAAUAAAGCCGAUGCACCAUUGAUUUAAAUACGGUAAUCCACAUAGCCAUUCUAUUUAUGUGAACCAAAUAUAGGCCUACAAUUGAGUUUGGAUACUGCAAACUGCAAGUAGACAUUCCAUUGUUGUGAUCCAGACGUACCAUUGACUUUGGAUCCUGCAAAUAAGCCAUCGAUCUCUAUAGGCACUCCUUACGUGAACCAAAUGUACUACCAUAGACUAACCAACACAAGGGAGUAUGUUUUAUCUAUGGUACUACUGAGUUUAGAUACUGCAAGUAAACAAUUCAUUUACGUUAACCAAAUGUACCAUUGAGUUUGGAUACUGCAAGUAAAUUAUUCGUUUACGAGAACCCGACGUAUCAUUGACUUUGGAUACUGAAAGUAGAUUUCUCAUUUAUGUGAGUCAAAUGAAGCAUUGCUUUGGAUCCUGCAAAUAGACAUUCCAUUUAAGUGAACCAGGCGUACCAUUGGCAAAUAGGCAUUUUAUUUAAGCGAACCAAAUGUAUCAUUGAUAUUGGAUACUGCAAGUAGACAUUUAAGAGAACCAGAUGAAACAUUGACUUUGGUUCCUGCAAGUAUACAAUUCAUUUACUUGAAACAGACUUAAAAUUGACUUUGAAUACUUCAAAUAGACAUUCCGUUUUUGUGAAGCAGAUAUAACAUUGACAUUGGAUACUGCAAGUAUUUAAUUUCAUUUACGAGGAACAGAUGUAGUAUUGACUUUAGAAAAGUAUUGGAUUAACACGCUAGCUCCGCUCAAUAUUGCUAGCAGACAACUGCAUUGUACACCUAGUUAAGUUCAUGUUCACACAAUUCUUGUACACCAAUUCUUAAAAUGUGUCUCAAAACAUUUCGAUUUAAGGGAACAGAAGACAUUUUGUGCUAAACUGAAAUGACUAUUGCGACCAAUGAACACUUCACUUCUACAUGACUAGCGCUAAUAAUAAGCGCUAGUAACUAGCCACGUGUAGAUGGGAAUUUUCGCGCUAGUGUGCCCAGCUAGUGCUAGCAGCGAAUACUAGCUGCUAGUAAACUAGCUACGUGUACACGGGGCUUAACACACACGGCGCACAAUAAUACCACAAUCUCACAACACCGGCGCACUUCUACACUUACUCUUGGUGCUUUACCAUACAUUUGAGAUUACACGCUGAGGGAAGCACGGUCCGCCGCCGACAGCAUGGAUUCACGCACAAGGAAUGUCUGUUGAAUGUUUUAUCUAUGUUUCCAUUUCAUAUAGCCUUUAAAUCUGUGUUUUACUUUUAUACGUGUACUAGCCAACUGAUAAAACUACAAGCAAUUUAUCGAAGAACUGCGUAAAUUAAGUUAUUUUUGUUACAAAAGACAACCCUGAGCACGACUGAUACAUGUUCGUGAGUUUGGUUCGGAUGUAGUGCCAAAAUGCCUCACCUUCACUAAAUUGCUCAAACCACAAUAAAGGUAUUUUUUUGAACGGCGUUUCUGGGCGGUCGAAGGGGCUUUGAAGGUUGGUGUGUUCUUUGCUGUAGUUGGCCCCCGCUUUUUUCUCUUUUUUUCUUGUCGCUCUUCAAGUACCAAAGAACCUCGGAAGGGUCAACUAUAGCAAACAGCUGAUGUUUUAACCUGUCACGUUUCUUUCUUAAAGCUGAAAAUAAUCAAAACACCAAUAUUUUGUAUGUUGUUGAUGAUUCCAGUUAUUCAAAUUUUCAGGUGUAUUGUAAAAUGUUCAUUGAUGUUCUGUGGGUUUAAAAUGGUUAAUUUCAAAUAGUUGUUAUAUGUCUCUGGUAAAUUUUGCAUCGUAUUUUAAAAUUGAAUCGUAUCGAUAUUUUCACAUAUCGUUAGAAUUUCAUUCUCUUAUAAGCUUAACUCUCUUGAAACAAAUCAUACGUAAUUAAUGUUGAUUUAAAUAACCCAUCAAACUGAUAAAUUUCAAAACUUUUCCCACAGAACACGUUUGAUACAAAUUGUACAAUCAUUUUUAGUAAACAGUUACAAAAUGUCAAGGAAAUUAUUUUUGAAACAUCCCCUUAUUGCCCAAAUAAUAUAGUAUAUAUAUAUAUUUAUGUAUCGUACAUUUUCAAAUGAGCAAACAUAUCCCUCGGCUGCAAAAAUAUUCUAAAGGGCGUUCACUAUGAGUUACAUAAACAAAAAACUGUAAGAUAUAUUUAUAUUACGCCAUAAUUUAUUGUUUGUGUAGAUAUUAUUGUUAGAAAUUUAUUGUUUAGUUGACAAUUAGGUGUUAAGUUUUAUUUAUUUAUUUACCCGUUACGCCCGAGUAGGGAUAUGUUCGCAGCUAUUUUGGAUACAGACCCCCUUUAGGCGCCUUCCAUACCAUAUGCAAUAUUUCAAAAUAGGUAUUUUAGAGUAAAGGGUAUUUUAUACGUAAUGUAUUUUGGUACUUUCGUUCUCAAACAUGAGGUUUCGUUGGCCGUACCAAAACUGUUAAUAAUGUUUUCUAUAUCGCAAAUAAAUGACAUAAUAUGCAAAUGACAUUUAUAUUUGUAUGUAUAACAUGUACUUAUAUAUUUUCUAGUGUCCGUUUUAUAGUAUGUCUUUUUAGGGUAAUAUAUGUUUUAUGAAUAGUGUUAUACAUGUUUUGUUUGUCGAUUCUUACAGAUAAAAAGUAUAUAAAUAUAUUGUAUGUUUUUUCACUACCAUAUGUCGAAAAUAAGUUAUAUUAAUAAUUUUUAUCU